UUCGUUCUCAACUAAAGACUGAGCUGUCUUCAAUUUCCAUGUCUUUCUGGCUUGGGUAAAGCCCUGUGAACCUACGGGGUAAGCAAGGGAAGGAAACUAUGCUGUGAGGAACUUUUCGUAUGGACCAGUGUCCAUAGCUGGUACCCGGGGGAGAAUGAGUACGCCAAAUGGAUUUCCACAGCACUCAGGGGCAUGUGUUACUCAGAGCACGGGGGGUGGAGCAGUACAGGACCUGCACGCUAAAAAAGCUGGCAAAGCAGCAAAGAAGGAGGCUGGUGGCAAUGGGGUGCUUACCUUUGAAGAUCCUCCAAGUGUAGGCACCUCUUUAAAUGAAACCUUAAAGCUUCUACCAGAUGAACUCAAAGCUAAUAUGAAAAUUAAGUCGGUCACUCCAAGGCCUCCUCGGAAACCCCGGCUGGAGCGUGCUGCAUCUCUGGAUGAGAAAAGCUGGAGGAGAUGGAGGCGGUUUAGAACAAGUCAGGAAAGUCUGACUGAUCCCAAUGAGACAAGUUCCUCAAACAGUUCUCUGCAGGAAGCGUCCCUCAGCCCUCCCAUCAGGGGUGGAGCGAGCCCCUGCCAUCGGUGCUGCCAGCAGAAUUCCUUGCACAGUUCACCAGAUGCCUCGGAAGCCAGUCCCGUGGGGAAGAGCAGAGGAGGCACCUCCGACCUGGGGAAACGAGCCUCCGAGAUCUCCAGUGCCUUUGGUGGGCUUCUGCGGGGGAAGGCGUUUGCAGGCGGCAAACCCCGGCUGUCCCAAAUAAUGCCGGCUCGACCUCUGCCACCCAUGGAGCUCAACGUGGCCUCUCACACACUGAGGACAGCUAAUAGGAUUGACUCAGAUUGUAUGGAUUAUCGACAUUAUUCUCAGCACAAGUUUGGGAGGGUAAGCAGCAGCUUGAGCGAUACCAGGCUACAUGGCAACGGGAUGGUCUAUGAUAAUUGCUCCACAGACUCCAUGAAAUCUACGUUCAGCCUGCUCAAUCCCAUUCGCUCCAAGGAUGUGCGAAGCAGAAGCUAUUUGGAAGGCAGCCUUCUGGCAAAUGGUGCCUUACUGGGAGCAGAAGAACUUAGCAAGUAUUUCCCUGAUCGGAAUAUUGGAAUCUUUGUGGCCACCUGGAACAUGCAGGGUCAGAAGGAACUGCCAGUGAAUCUGGAUGACUUCUUAUUACCAACAGAUCCUGACUAUGCCCAGGACAUGUAUGUCAUUGGGGUUCAAGAAGGCUGUCCAGACAGAAGAGAGUGGGAGAUCCGCCUGCAAGAGACGCUAGGCCCCCACUACGUCAUGCUCUACUCUGCUGCACAUGGGGUGCUGUACAUGUCGGUCUUCAUUCGGAGGGACCUGAUCUGGUUCUGCUCAGAAGUGGAGUAUGCCACGGUGACAACUCGAAUCGUAUCUCAGAUCAAAACAAAGGGAGCUCUGGGAAUCUGCUUCACAUUUUUUGGGACCUCCUUUCUCUUCAUCACCUCCCACUUCACAUCUGGGGACAGUAAGGUGAAUGAGAGGAAACUGGACUACAAUAAAACCAUUCAAGCCCUUACACUUCCCAAAAACGUUCCGGACACAAACCCGUAUCGAUCCAGUUCUAGUGAUGUCACAACUCGGUUUGAUGAAGUAUUCUGGUUUGGUGACUUCAACUUCCGACUAAAUAAGGAUCGUGAGACCGUGGAUUCCAUCUUGAACCAGAACCCGGAAACAGACGUGUCCAAGCUACUGGUGUACGACCAGCUUACUAGUGAAAUGAGUAGGGGGUCUAUUUUCAAAGGAUUCCAAGAGGCCGACAUUCAUUUCCGUCCUUCCUACAAGUUUGACAUAGGAAAGGACAGCUAUGACACCACUUCCAAACAAAGAACUCCUUCCUACACGGAUCGAGUUGUAUACCGCAGUCGGUACAGAGAUGACAUCCAUGCUGUCAAGUACUCAUCUUGUCCUGUGAUCAAAACUUCAGACCAUCGGCCUGUAUUUGCCUUGUUUCGUGUGAAAGUGAGGCCUGGCAGAGACAACAUUCCACUUGCUGCAGGGCAGUUUGACAGAGAUCUCUAUUUAAUCGGAAUAAAGAGGCGGAUUACAAGGGAACUUCAGAAACGGCAAGAACAAAAGGACCAAAAAUCCAGCAGCGUAUGUAGCAUUUCCUGAGCUGAUAACUCUGCAAUGCUUGUGCUAGAGGUGCCCGGAAAGAGGAUUUCAGGCCACGGCAAACUCUGCAGGGAAUUGUCUGCUUAAGCACCUCUGGCAGUUGCUGUGGCUUGUGAAGAAUGGCUUAAACCUCAUCCUGGAUUCAUUUGCAUGAGCUAAUCCAUGUAGCUCAAGUGCUUUUGCUGAAGAAAAUGGAGUCAGUUAUUUAGGACAUCCAUCCCAACAGAUGUAAUUGAUUUAUUUUUAACCGCACUAUCAUCUUUGGAAGCAACCGGAUGCAUUCUCUUCAUUCUAAGAUGACUCCACACAGGGGGCACAGCUUCUGGAAUUGGCAUGACCAGGGGCAGGGGACCGCAGAAAGGUGAAAAUCUUUGUUUGUCUGUUUGAUUUCAUCUGGUUAGCUUACAUAUGUUGUGGGGCUGGUUUUUUUUCUCCUUACCUGUAGCCAAGUGUACAGUAUUCUGUAAAAUGUGAACAGGGACCAGUUAGGGGACUUGGGCAGUUUUGUGUAAGGAUGGUGCUCCUGUGUUGGGCUUUUUUGGUCCUCUACAGCAAGAUCUGUGUGAAUGUACUACUGUACAUUUGAACUGUAGAAACACUGCCUUUCAAUAAUUAUUCUAUAGGCCUUCUGUUACUAAGGGGGUAAAUAUCAAUCUCUCACACCAUAUAUUUGGCUGUUGAGACUGCUUGAAACAAUCCCUUCCUUAACUCACUUGCCCUCCCCAGGGGUGAUAAAACACUAUCUGCCUUCAGCAGCAGGACACUCGAGUUGAAAAUAAUGGCCUGAGUACAGCUACUGUGUAAUGCUUCACCAAAGUGAUUUAAGAUGUCAAGUGAGUACUAGGGAAGUAUGCAGAGAAACUGCAGCAAGUCAGAUCAGCGCAGUUCCAUUACCUCCGAUUACAGUUAAUUCCUUUUGUUUUUAUUUUUCCAAUUCAGUGAACUGUAAAUAAGUUGCUAAUUCUGAAGUAGUGUUGUCUUAAGGCUAAACAUGCUACAUGGACCAGUAUGGCACUGGUAAAAUGUUAAGUACAGCUAACACUUAAAAACUUUUCAUGGGCACAGAUCGGCUGGAUCAUUAAUCACCUUAGUACAUAGAACACCGUGCAAACAACUUGGAGGAAGUGCUGCUAACUAUGCAACCUGUCCCAAGACAGAGCUUCUGUUCUGCGGUACAAACAUUUAUGGCACUGACCUGUCUGUAGCCAUCAGGUAUUUCGAUUUCCUUUCUUUUUAAAGGAAUAAAAAUAAAUUAAUGCAA